CGGGGCUCUGCGCGGCGGGGCCGGGCGGGCGGCAGCGGCGGCGCGCUGUCAGGCCGGUGCCGGUGUGAUGAAGAUUGGCGGCAGGGAACUUUCUGAUGGCUGAGCAGUCCCUGCCCGCUGCCUGCCUGCACCUCCCAUCCCAACCCAGGAGAUCUGCGGGAAUUCAGCAUCUGUCCCCCAGCCGCAGCCGAGCAGGUGUAGACCCAAACUGUACCACUAACCCACUGUGAGAUCCUGUGCUGAGGAGCUGUCAUUACUGAGGAGCAGAAGGGGACAGGACAAGAUACAACUGUGGCUUUCCCUUUGUGGAUAUACUGGCAACGAACGCAUCUUCAUAUUCCAGACACAUCUCGACUGUGACCCAUUCUCAGAAGCUUUGCUUUUGUGGCUGUGGAACGUUUCGUGCAGUGGCUCCUCGAGCACCCACAGACGAGAUAUCCCUGGAGCAUUUUAGUCGGCAGCGGGGAUGGGUAUCUUCGGAGAGAAGAGAAAUGCUUAGCGGUUCUCAAUGUGACUCCUGCCCAGGAUGCACCAUGUCUCCCCGGCGCCGGCUCUGACGAUGAUGGCCACCCAGACGGUGCCCCCUCCUCCCUACCAAGAUAGCCCACAGAUGACGGCCACAGCCCAGCAGCCCAGCAAGGCUCAGCCCGUGCACCUCUCCGCCGCGCCGGCUCCCACUGCAGCCGUCCCCCCCGCAGCCGGCGACCCGCAGGCGCAGCUGGAGGCCGACAAGCGAGCUGUCUACAGGCACCCACUGUUCCCGCUGCUUACGCUGCUCUUUGAGAAGUGUGAGCAGGCAACCCAGGGCUCCGAGUGCAUCACCUCAGCCAGCUUCGACGUCGACAUUGAGAACUUUGUCCACCAGCAGGAGCAGGAGCACAAACCUUUCUUCAGUGAUGACCCUGAGCUGGACAACCUGAUGGUGAAGGCAAUCCAGGUGCUGCGCAUCCACCUCCUGGAGCUGGAGAAGGUCAACGAAUUGUGCAAGGACUUUUGCAACCGCUACAUCACCUGCCUCAAAACCAAGAUGCACAGUGACAACCUACUCAGGAACGACCUGGGGGGCCCCUACUCCCCCAACCCUUCCUCCAUCAGCCUCCACCCUCAGGAGAUGCUGCAGAGCUCACCUGCGGCGCUACCAGCCGCCUCCAACCCCCCACCGGGCAUCGUGGUGCCUGCAGCUGCGCUGCCCCCAGGCAACCUGGCCAUGGGCAGCGGGGCUGGAUCACCUGCCGUGCCAGGUGGAGCCCUGUACCAGCCAGUGACAAUGGUGACAUCUCAGGGCCAGGUCCUUGCCCAAGCCAUCGCCCCUGGUGCCCUGCAGAUCCCCAACGCCCAGGUGAACCUGGAUCUCACCUCACUCCUUGAUGGCGAGGACAAGAAAUCCAAGAACAAGCGGGGCGUUCUGCCCAAACACGCCACCAACAUCAUGCGUUCUUGGCUCUUCCAGCACCUCAUGCACCCCUAUCCCACGGAGGAUGAGAAGAGGCAAAUUGCUGCCCAAACCAACCUGACCCUCUUACAAGUCAAUAACUGGUUCAUCAAUGCCCGCCGGCGCAUCCUGCAACCAAUGCUUGAUGCCAGCAACCCAGACCCAGCCCCUAAAGCCAAGAAAAUCAAAUCUCAGCACCGGCCCACUCAGCGGUUCUGGCCCAACUCCAUCGCUGCUGGUGUCCUUCAGCAGCAAGGUGGCAAUUCAGGGACGAAUCCUGAUGGCUCCCUUGCCAUGGACAACCUGCAGCCCCUCUCAUCAGCCACGGCCACCAUGGCCAUGCAGCAGGCCAUGCUUGCAGCUCACGAGGACUCCCUAGAUGGCACUGAGGAGGACGACGAUGAGGAGGAUGAGGACGAGAUGGAGGAGGAGGAAGAGGAGGAAGAGGAGCUGGAGGAAGAGCCCGGUGGCCUCCCAGCUGCGCCUGGUGCUAACCUUGGCUUGGACCACAGUGACUCACUGGAGUAGCUCACCCUGUGUGCUCCCCAAAUCAUGGAUGGCACCAGAAGAGACCUCUCCCAGAGUGACAAAAAACAGCAAGAAAACAACAAAUUGGUGAGGAAAAAUCUAACUGUGGAGGCCCUGACAGAUGCCCUAUCUGCCUGUGGGAGCACUGGGGCCACCACAUCAGCACAUGGCAGUGAAGGACACGUGUUUACAAGGCACAUAUUGUGGCCGGAUUUUUUUUGAGGUUUUCUUUCAGGUUUUAUCCUUGUUUUCUCCCUUUUCCCUUCAUUUUUGGUAAUGAAAGCAUUUAUAGGGGAGGCUAUUUUCCCCACUGUGCUCAGAUGCCACCAUGGGCUGUUGCAUCCUCUUGGAUUUCUUGAUGCAAAAAAACCCCCACAGAAACAGGAUUGAUGUAUUUUUGGGGGAAGCUUCCACAAAGAAAGGUCAUUCACAUAAAUAUCAGCAUGUGGAAAAAAAAUUGCCAAGUUUCCAAUUCUGCUUCCUAUCAGAUUGGAGGAAAAUUUCAUGCUUUUGACCCACAGGAUUGCUCAGAUGUCCCUGUCUUGGCCCCAGUGCUGUGGCCAUUUGGUGACUCUACGUGCGACUUUCAGGAAAAGAAAGUCCCCAAACUCUUUAAUUUAUGUGCUAAAAACCCAUCAAAUCUGGAAAAAAUAUUCAGCCUUGUCCUUCAGGGCUGAGACUGGAUGCAAAGUUGGGCUGGAUGUGAGGCUGAGCAAGACCUUUCCAAGGUGUUUUGGUACCAAAUAGGAAUAAAACAGCAGCCUUUCUCCCCAAAUUGAAUAGUGAUUUGCCCAGGAGGAAGGAGAUUCAAAAAGAUGGUAUCUCCCCAGUGUCAUCCACCUGCGCAGGAAAACACUGGGUUUCUCACCCCCAAGUGCCACAAGUGAGCUGUUAGGGGGCAGCUGUACAAAAACACUGUGUUCGGGGGCUUCAAGUGGUAGCAAAAAGGCAAAUUCUGCCUUAAAACAUGAGAAUAAAAGCAGCCCAGGUAACACAGGGCAUCUUCUCAGUUCCAUGGAGGUUAAAAAAAAAAAAAAAAAAAAAAGGAUUUUUUUUCCUGCAAGUUCUUCCCCAGCAGUGUGGGGUUUGUUCUUCUGUAAUAAGGAAGGAUUUUGUCGGCUGCAUGAAUUGCCAAUUUUGACCUUCUUUUGGCUCUUGAAGAGUUGAGAAAAAACAGCAGCCGCAGCCAAACAGGCCGCAGCAACAAAGUGAUGCAAUGGGCAGCAAAGCCUAUUUUUCAAUACUGAUCUGGCGUGAAUGUAAUCUGUAAUUUCAUAAAGGAUUCAUUGUAAUUUAGUAUUAAUUCAUGUCAUUUAUUAUAAAGUGCUACGAGAUGAGGUUUUGCAGCUGUAUUUUAUUGUCAGCUUCUUUCUAGUGGAGGUGAGGAUGAUGAAGGACAAAUGGAACGCCGGAAUAGGUGAAUAACCCCCAAAUGGGCAACCUAUAAAUAGGCAUAUUUUCCUAAAAUGAGUGAAUUACUUCAAAUCCACAAACGAGUGGUGCAACCCCAAAAGGAUUCGUACUUACGAAAGUGAUAUCCCUCUGUGAAGAUCUCUGAGACUGAGUGAUUUACCUCCAGUAUGAACUAUGCUUCCCCAAAAUGAGGGACUAUCCCCAAAUAUGAACUCUGCUUCUCUAGAUAUGCAAUGUGCCUCCAAAUGAGUGACGCAUUCCAAAAUCAGUGGGAGCUGCCCUGACACCAAAAUAAGCACUAUGCCACCGAAUGUUGCUUCCCAAAAAUGAGGAAUGCUCUUCAAAUAUGAUUAACUGUCCCCUAGAAUUUGUCUCUUCCUCCAAAAUGAGUGUCUUUUCCCACAGAUGAGCAACCAAAAUAAGUGACACACCCCAAAGCAGCGUGAUUCUUCCCAAAAUGGAA